UUAUGGCAAAAAACCGUCUGUAACGGUUGUUUUUUAAAAAAUGCAGAACAUAUGGAAGAAGCUUCAUACCCACACCAAAAGAAGCCUCUCGGGUCAUAAAGGGAGCAAUAAAAAUUUCAAGUAAAAAUAUUUUCCUUAUAAUUAAUAAUUUAAGUUUGUUUUAAUUGCAUAUUUGAAACCAUCCCAGAACGAAUGGGCGUGUGCGCAAAUCAAAGUUCAAUUCUUAUUAUAAUACCAUUAAAAAAGAAAAUUAUGACCUAUCGAUUUUAGAUUUAUUGGAGUUUUUUUUUUGUUAUAAACAAAUAUAACUCAUCAGAAGAUAAUGCAUGCAAACUGGAUAUAAUAUUAUAUAUUAUGAGCUUGCCUAAAAAUGAAGAUUUGUUAUGGUAAGCCAGAAAGGGAACACAAUGAAUCAAUGGCGGUUGCGUUCGACGAAAGAGUCUGCUGUAAUAUCAUAUAUUCCACAAAUACUAUUUUCUACUUCCAUCUUUAAACACUACCAGAAAACGUUUUUUUUUUGGUACUGGUACUUAUUAGUCAGGUUAGAAUUUCUUGUUAAUAAACAUGUUGAGGAAACUAAGGGCUCUUAUUUUAUGCCUGAAAAAAUGGCGACCGUUAAUGAAAUAGUUUUAGCUCAACGUUGUGUAGUACUGAACGCGCCUAUUGACGUUUCAGAUUAUAAUGUAACAAAUUAAAAUUUUCACAAUUAUAACAUAAAUAGUCGAAUUAAACACACCUGAGACAGUUUUAGAGAUAAUGCAAACCACAUCCAAUGCCUUUGAGCGUUCUACGAUAUAUACUACUUACUAAGCACAAAUAUACAAAAAAAAUAAAUAUAUCCGCAUAUGCAAAUUCACAGUAUUGCGGCAUUUUUGCGUAGUCUUUGCAAUAGCAAUAUCCAGAAAUACCUUUUCGCUUUCAAAAACUCGUUUUUCUCGCAAAAAAAAUAAGCAAAAGCAGAUGUAGUACACGACGAGGCUAAAAACUCGCCUACAUUCUCGUAAUCGUUUAAUUCGUUCUAAUGUACAUGAAAAAAGACAUUUCCUACAAACGCUUUUGUCCAAAAAAAAAAUUCUAUUCCUUAGUUUAUGGGUGAAGUUUAACGAAAUAUUAGCAAGGAAGAUAUUGAGUUAAGUUCCUAAUUUACCUAUAAUUUUAAAUACAUAAUAUAUUCUGUGCAUACAAAACAACAAAACUUUUUUCCAAAAACUAUAGCUACAGCUACAAGUCAAAAAAGUUGUUUUUUCACACCUCAAUUGUUAAAAAACAAAUAGCCAUGAACAAUAGUUACCAAAUCAUUCCUACCGUUGUCCUCAAACGUACCGUGGAGCCUGAUACCCGGGUGGCAAUUGUGAGUGCCCCAAAUACUAAUUCGCUUGGAUUAUUGGGGAGGGUUUAAGCGUUUAACUUUCCAUUUUUUUUUGUAUAAAUUUUAGCCAAAGACAACCUGACCGCGUUCGGUUUUCCACAAAGUGAUUCGAAAUUACGGUGCUAGUUUUUUUUGUUUUCGGUGAGAGUGGCGGUUAUAGAGGAAAAUUGUUUUUUGCACUUAGCGAGUAAGUUCCGCGUUUAGGGCGCGCGCGUGCACAGCAUAACCACCCCGUGAGAGGUAACGAGAGACGCGCGCGUGCGCGAGGGAUUUUUUAAUCGGUUUUGAUUUUGUAUCCGUCGUUGCUGACUUCUUUACUCGGGAAGUGCCAUAUUUUGUUUAUAUUGAAACUAUUAAGCCGAUAUAGGUAGCUAUAUAGUGAAAGAAUAAAGUGAUACGUUUAUUAAAUGAGUUACACCCGAUCCUAUCCUCGAUUACCUUGGAAUACCCAAGGGACCAAACAUGUCGCAAUUAGUGAGCGAGAGAGACGACAAAAUGAUUAAACUACACUUUGGUACCAUCCAUACCUUGCUAUGUAAUUCCAUACUUGUUGUUGAGUUUGACAGUUAAGAUUUCUGUUUUGGUUAGUUUUGGAGUGUUUUUUGUUUAAAUAAUGAUUGGGGCAGAGAAUGCACCUAUUAUUUUUUUUAAAUACUUCUUCAAAGACAUAACAAAACCUCAUUAAAAAAGGUUCACCAAAAUUCUGAUAUUCAAGUCUAGUGCAAAGUAAAAUCAUGCAAUUGACAUCCAAACUUGUAAAAAAAGCUACAUUUUAAAUCUCGGAACGUUAGAGCUCUAACAGUAAUUUUUCAAAUAGCUCAAGAGUCUUAUAUUGUCAUGGUGGUGAUCCCGAAAGUAAACAUACGUGGCGGUUCAUAGAAAAUUAUUGCAUUGUUGCAUGAAAUUAAGGGUUUGAAUAUUUUACAAGACCAAUCUCGCUUUGCAGUGGUUACAGCUUGGUUAGUUCUGGUUAUUUAAUGUUUAUUGAGAUCCAUCAAUAGACCAAUUAGUGUGAUGUUUGCAUUUGACAACGGCAAACGUUUCCUUUAAUAAUGAAGACUCGGAUGAAUCAAUGAUCAGCAAUACCAGUAUAAACUCACAUAAAAAUAUUCAACCAAUAAAAUCUUUCUUUUCACCUCAUUGAAUUGGAAAACCGCCAAUAGCCUGUAUUUUUACGCCAUACUAAAUAUUUCAAUGUAGGCAACCCACAAUUUCUCUAGUCAUUGAGCGUUCACGGUAAAAACAGAUGCGGCUCGGGUAACUGAUAUUUUCGUCAAGAUGGUAAGAAUGAUCAUCCGGGCGUAUCUCUACAUUUCACCACUAACCUGCAUUUUGCGCCAUUUUCUAUGUAAAGAGUAAUAAAUACUGCCUUAAAAGUUCCGCAUCCAAACUUAUUGACGACCUGUCAGCGGCCAUGUUGGUUGUACUAUCAGACAGACAGCGCGUCUAUAUCUAUUUUGGCGAAUGCGCAGAGGCGAUAAUUGCAAUGGUAAAUUGCCAUAUAGUUAUAGCGGCCCUACUAAAAAUUGAUGCGCCGCAGAUGGCUAUUGACUAAUUUUUAUAAGAACGCAACAUCAAUCUCUUAAAUCCAAACAUAAUUGGCAACGCCGAGUAAUCACUAUACUAUUGUCACAGAACAGUCAUUGCCCUAUGCCAUUGUUGUUUUCAUUUUUGGUGUCAAUAUCUCCGUACACACAAACUUGUUUAAUCUGUGCUUCCAAUACAAUGUUCUUUUACGAAAUUACAGCAACUGUGACCAAUGUGAGAAUCUAAUAGGAUCUUGGAGAAACAGUGAUUCCUAUAUAUUUUACAUUUAACAAACACUUUAACAACACUUAAAUAGCUACGAAGAAUGUUUGGGUAAUAUGUUUUAGUGUACAAGAAUUACAGGAAAUAUAAGAAAAUAAUUAAGCCACAAAUUGAAUUUUUACUAGAACAAGCAUAAGAAAUACCCAUUGUCAACUACUGUGUAUCGGAGGUGCGUCUUGAACAUUUUUUCCACUUAAAUGUUUCUUGUGCGUUAUCAAGCAUAUCAAAGUUAUUUCAAUAGAGGUUAAACCUACGAGUUUAUUAAAAAUAACGCUUUGCGCCGAUUUACAAGCAAAAAAAUACAUGUAGAAAUUGCAUCGUAUGUACAGGGCUUAAAGAACAAUAGCGCCAAAUUAAUUACAGAAUUAUGCUGACGCCGACGCGGGUACUGCAAUUCUGCAAUACUUUUCCACACCUUAACUCCUUUUUUGUCUAAAAAUUUACUAGGACUUCGACAUAUUUUGAGAAAAUAGUGUCGUACAAAUGCCGCAUCCAAACAUGGACGACUUGUCAGCGGGCAUGUUGUUUGAUGAAAGCCGAACGAAAUUUUAAAUCUCGCGCAUGCGCACAUUGGAGCUCAAAAAAUUUACUUGCUUCAUGACUUCCUGUACUGUCAGCAUAGGCAGGGCCUCUACACGUCUAGUAGCAAUAUGGUCAUUGCUAAUCACCAAACGUUUUAUGGAAAGUCAUGGUUUUAAUUUGUAAAAACUGUGGGAAAUUAAACGGUAGCCGUUGAAAUAACCUUUUUAUUUUCAUUAAAAGCACGCGGUUUAUAAACUUCGUCCAUCGUCCGACUGACGGCGCCACGUUUGCAGCUUCCUUUAAAAUUAUACAAUUAUGGGGACGAAUUUGUUCAUUAGUCGGAAAUUUUGGUGACUGUUUAACUAGCGGAUGCGGUAAACGCAUAAGCCGCCAAUUUAAAUGCCGAAGAACGAAAACGAUUACAUUGACAGAAUGACGUAGUCGUCACUAACCACCGACAACUAUAAUAGUGGGUUUGUAUUCCACCACGCGUGGCCGAUGUAAAUUGUCAAAGUAUUGUGGAUACGGAACGUUUAUUCAGCGUUAAAUAAGCGCUUUAAACACCGCAAUCGUGAUUCGUUUCUCUCCGUGCGCCGGGCCAAGAGUUGAUGUUUGAGGCUGCCGGCCGAAUGCCGAUCAUCGCUUCGUAUUUCCUCUUAAAAUCGCUCGAGCGUUCGCUCUUGGUUCACGUUUCACUUUCGGUCUAGGUAGGCCGCGGGUCCGUACGGAGUAGUAAGUAGGCUCGUUGUUCGCGUCGAAAAAAAACAUCGCGAACAAAAGAGUCGUCGGUGGUCGUCGCGAAUUUUAAGGAAGAAAUGAGCGUGUAGCCGCUAUGCUUUGGACACGAUUCUUCGGUUUUUGCGCGAUCUUGGCGAUCGCCGCCGGCCAAAGGAGGAAUUUUUCGGGCCUGCGGUGCCCGAACGAGUGUUACUGCUUCCGAAAGACCGUGAGAUGCAUGAAGCUGGAUCUCGUCGCGAUUCCCAGGGUGCCGAGUGCCACGGUGACGCUGGAUUUGAGGUUCAACCGUAUAAGGGACGUGCCAAGGGGUACCUUCAAGGGACACAAGGGACUGGUGACGUUGCUGCUGAACAAUAAUUACUUGACGAGCCUGAAGAACGACACGUUCCAGGGACUGUACCACGUGCAGAAUUUGUAUCUGUACAAGAAUAGGAUCAAAUAUGUGGACAGCGGGACGUUCAAGGGCAUGGCGCGGCUCGAAAGAUUGUAUCUGCAUUUCAAUGAGCUGCAGGAAUUCGACGCGGCUACGUUUUCGAACUUGCCUUCGUUGGACAGACUUUAUCUUUACAACAACCGGAUCAAGGUGAUACCGCGGGGCGCAUUUCACUACUUGCCAAAACUCAAGCGGCUCCGGCUCGAUCACAACGCGCUCGUGUGCGACUGCAAAAUGGCGUGGCUCAGCAAGAUGCUGUCCGGCCACGCCCUCCAGGUGUCCGCGAACUGCGCAGAACCCACGGAAAUGUCGGGCAUGUCGCUGGUCGGGAUGGACCACAAACACUUCCACUGCGAACCGCCGAAGAUCGCCGAAAACCCGAAGGACGUUGACAUCACGAUCGGUGGCACCGCGAUCUUUAGCUGUACCGUCCAAAGCGACCAGACACCGUCGAUAGUGUGGAUGAAAGGGGACAAGGAACUGGUGCCCGACGAUUUCAAGUACAGGGUGAUGGAGAACGGGUCGCUGAUGGUGCAGAACACGGAAGAGAGCGACGAUGGUUAUUACGAAUGUCUGGCGAAAAAUCCCGAGGGAGAAAUCCGAUCGAGACCGGCCAGGAUGAUCGUACACGGGCCGUAUGCGAACGAAGAGAAAGCCGACCGUUACGGUCAGCCACGGUUCAUCUCGGUGCCCAGGAGCGUGACCACCGCGUCGGGGGCGGAAGAAGUGACGCUCGACUGUGAGGCCGUCGGCUAUCCGGUCCCCCGGAUAAAGUGGUCGUUCAAUGGGAUCGAGAUAGCGCCGUCUUCCCGUCACAUCACUCACCCGAACGGGAGUCUUACAGUCAGACACAUAGAGGGUUCCGACCACGGCCGGUAUAUGUGCGAGGCGGCGAACUACAACGGCAGAAUAACCGCCGACGCCCACAUUCUGAUCAGCGUCGCCCCCAUAUUCACCAUCCAGCCAGAGAACGUCCACGCCCUGACCGGGAACAACGUCAGGCUGGAGUGCGUCGCGUCCGGAACUCCCGAACCGGAGAUCACGUGGUUCAAGAACGACCUCGAAGUUCUCCCGAAUGACGAGCGCGUGUUUUACAAUGCCGACAGGUCCGUACUGGAAAUAAACCGCGCCAAAGAGUCGGACUCGGGUCUGUACAUUUGCGAGGCGCGGAAUUCUGUGGGGACCCGCGAAGUCAGCGCCAAAGUGGAGAUCGCUCAGUUCGACACGCGACCGCCGAAGCUCGUCUACAAGCCGUACAACAUCGAAGCGCUGAUCGGCACCACCAUCGAGCUGCCCUGCAAAGCGUCCGGAGACCCGAAUCCCGGUAUCACGUGGCAGAAAGAUGGCGCCCGAAUGCAGCGUACCGGUCGUUACAAGAUCUCCCUAACCGGCAACCUUUACAUCUACAAGGUGGCGCCCGAAGACCAGGGACGAUACGAGUGCGUCGCCGUGAACGAACACGGCAGGGACAGCGCCUGGGGUUACAUCACCGUGCGGGGCGAUCCGGAUCAAGAGAAACCCGGCGGGGUCGGCGACAAGUUCAUCAAGAUUGCUUUCACCGAGGCGUCGAAAGAGAUCGACCAGGCGAUCAACAACACUAUCGACAGGUUCCUACACAGCAAGAACCCGUCGGCUGCCGAACUGUUCCGGAUCAUCAGGUACCCGGAUGCCCCGGCCAGGGAACUCGCGCGUGCCGCCGAGGUAUACGAAAGAACCCUGGUCAACAUCCGGCGACACAUCGAGAAAGAAACGGUUUCCAUGAACAACACGUCCAGCUUCAGCUAUCGCGAGAUUUUGUCACCGGAAAAACUCGAUCUGAUCGCGAAACUGUCCGGUUGCAUGGCACACCGCCAUACUAACAACUGCACCGACAUGUGCUUCCACUCCAAGUAUCGGAGUAUCGACGGUACCUGCAACAACUUGCAACACCCGACGUGGGGCGCGUCGUUGACCGGAUUCAGGAGAGUCCUGAAGCCCGUUUACGAGGACGGUUUCGGCAAACCCAUUGGGUGGGAUAAGACGCGCUUGUACAACGGUUACCCAAAGCCGCCAUCGCGUAAGGUGUCGACCGAAGUGAUCUCGACCGCUAAGAUAACGCCCGAUCCGGAAAUCACGCACAUGGUGAUGCAGUGGGGUCAGUUUUUGGACCACGACCUCGACCACGCGACCCCCUCGGUCAGUUCCGAGAGCUGGGACGGCAUCGACUGUAAAAAAUCGUGCGACUACGCCGCCCCCUGUUACCCGAUGGACGUACCGUCGGACGACCCGAGGAUUAAGAACAGGAGGUGCAUAGACUUUAUCCGAUCGAGCGCCAUCUGCGGCUCGGAAAUGACGUCGAUCUUCUUCGACACCGUCCAGCACAGGGAGCAAAUCAAUCAGCUAACGUCGUACAUCGACGCGUCAAUGGUCUACGGUUUCUCCGACGAGCUGGCGAAGGAAAUCCGGGACUUGGACGCGCCCCUCGGCAAAUUAAAAGAGGGUCCCGUAUUCGACGGCAGGAAAGCCCUGUUGCCGUACGCCGGCGGUCAAGGUAUGGACUGUCGUAGGAACUUGUCGGAGAGCGACGUCGCGUGCUUCCUGGCCGGCGAUAUCAGGGCGAACGAACAGAGCGGACUCACCGCGAUGCACACCCUGUGGAUGAGGGAACACAACCGCUUGGCCGAGGAACUGCGGUACCUCAACCCCCAUUGGGACGGCGACAUGCUCUACCACGAGGCGCGCAAAAUCGUCGGCGCCGCCGUCCAACACAUAACCUACAAACACUGGUUGCACUUCAUCGUCGGACCAGAGGGGGUGCGGCAGUUGGGCGAUUACUCGGGCUACGAUCCCCAGCUGGAGCCGAGCAUAUCGAACGUGUUCGCCACCGCGGCGCUGCGUUUCGGUCACACCCUCAUCAAUCCGGUGCUGAACAGGCUGGACUGGAACUAUUCGCCGAUCCGGGAGGGUCACCUACCGCUCCACAAGGCGUUCUUCUCGCCGUGGCGCAUCGUCGAGGAGGGCGGGAUCGAUCCCCUGUUACGGGGCAUGUACGUCGCUCCCGCGAAGAAGAAGCUGCCCGCCGAGAACCUGAACACCGACCUCACCGAGCACCUGUUUGAGACCGCACACGCUGUCGCGUUGGAUUUGGCAGCGAUGAAUAUUCACAGAUCGCGGGACCACGCCCUGCCAGGAUACCUCGCUUUCCGCCAAUUCUGCAACAUGUCCCACGUGGAACGCUUUCGAGAUUUAGCAGGCGACAUACGUGACAGCGAGGUACGUCGCAAACUCGAAGAGCUGUACGGUCAUCCAGCCAACGUCGACGUCUGGGUGGGCGGAGUUCUGGAGGAUCCAGUAGAGGGCGGUCGAGUGGGUCCGUUGUUCCGGUGCCUAUUGCUCGAGCAGUUUCGACGGUUGCGAGACGCGGACCGCUUUUGGUACGAAAACCCGUCGGUGUUUAAACCGGAACAACUCGCUCAAAUUCGACAAUAUUCUUUGGCGCGAGUGCUCUGCGACAACGGCGACAACAUCACGACCGUCACACCCGACGUGUUCGUCUUGCCUCAGCUGCAGAACGGCGUCGUCGGCUGCGAUAAGAUCCCGAAGGUGGAUUUGAAGUUGUGGUCGGAGUGUUGCAGCGACUGUCGCUACACGGGUCAGUUGAACACGAUAAGCAGAUUGAACGCCCGCCGAAACAGACGACAGACGGGAGAGGAUCGGGAGCCCAUCAGCCUACAGAAUAGGGUGGACAAGUUGGAACGGGAGCUGGAGGAAACCAAGAGGGCGAUGCGGAAGGUUUUGGAAGAAGUUAAUAGGUUCUUGGAUGAGGAAAGGCGCGCCUCCCGAAGUCAAUAGCCCGCCUCCGAUAUAAAUCUCAGGAGUUAUUGGUUGGAGUUAUUUAUUGGUCGCCGUGCUCGUAAACAGGGGAAUAUCGCGUGUAAUUAAUAAAAUCCCCGACGGCGGCGUGGUACAAUUUUUGUGUUUAGUAUUUUUUAUGUUUCUGUAAAUAUUACAUGUUAAUGACGCUUCCAUUUCGAUACAUAAUUGUUUCCUUCUUAACAACGCUUUUUAUCGUAAAAACGGCGCGCGUAUGUCGAAUAAAAUAACGCUUGAACUUUGUGA